AGUUUGAUUGGACAACUGGCCCACUUCAAAUGGGUCUUUCAGCCCAUUCUUCAAUAUAUAUAUAUAUAUAUAUAUAUAAUAGAAUUUGAUGUUCAAUGAAGAAAGAGGAGUAAGAGAAACCGGCGAUUUUGAGGUGAAAGGUCAGGGUAUGCUGAAACUAGUUUCUGAAAUGUUGUGCGCUCGAGGAGGUCAGAAGAUGAGGUCUUUUCUAUGUGCGCAAAUUAGUGGCUUUCAUACUUCAAAGCCUGGUUUAGCACCUAGAAGCUUUUUCGGGGUGGAAGAUUUCGUUGAUGAUGACAAUAGCCGUCCAUACACUUACCAGAAGGGGAAAAAAUCUAAGAACCCAAACAAGCAUGUUUCUUUCAAGCAACGGACUGUAGCAUACAUGGAACCGUUCACACUUGAUGUUUUCAUAUCAAAGCGCUUUGUUUCAGCCUCAAUCACCCAUAGAGUUACAUGCAAACAGGUUGCAGUAGCUGGUACAAACUCCAAAGAUAUCAAGGCAGUGCUCAAAUCACGAAGUGAUAUUCCUGCAUGCUUGUCUGUCGGACAGAUUUUGUCCGACAGGGCAAGAGAGGCUGAUGUAUACACUGCUUCUUAUACACCUAGAGAUAGGGACAAGUUCGAAGGGAAAAUUAGAGCAGUUGUUCAGUCCCUCAUUGAUAAUGGUAUCGACAUCAAAGUUUAUCUUGACUGAAGAAAGGUACUAUCUCUCCCAUUAUUGUAUCCAAGUAUAUUUAACCACCUUAAAGUAAUGUACCCUUAUUGCAGUCUACUUGGUAUUUCUUUUAGUCUGAGAUUGUCAUAAGCCCCUCUUUGUGGAGAAGGCUGGCAUACUCACUUUUUUGUUUUUUCUGACUGAUUGGUCCAGUCUAUGCCAUCUUUUCUAGAGAAGACCAAGUAGUGUGAAUCCUUGACCUGGAUUGGAUAUAUGUAUGCCCUAACAUGGAGCUGAGGAAACCUAUAAUACAGGCUAUGGAUACUCCAAUCUUGCUGUGUAUACUCAUUGUACAUUUACAUCUUUCGUUGUGCUGUCAUCUUAAGAAGCUCCGAGGACCAACACAGCUCCGGAGCAACAUCGGGGGCUUACUUGUGCACCCCCCAUAUACACUUGUACGUAUGGCUUUUUCUACGACUGUUGAACUCGAUUUGGAAUUUGUGUUUCUUUAAUUGAAAAAACGUCACCUAGGGUUAUAAAUAUCAUGUGAGGAAGAAUGUAAAUUUAAUCAGGAAGACUGGACUUUACAAUCUAUAGCACUUGACUCGAGCUUAUAAUCAGAAUGAGCUCAUAUUUUCA